UGUGAUGUAAUCAUGUAACACCUGUUUUCAGAAUUUUAUAUUGGGAUGAAGUCCAAGGUAUAGACCUUAUCGUCUAAAAUAAAAUAAUGAUUUUAAAGUGGAUAUCCUCAUCUUCUAUGACCAUUAGCGCACAAUUCUGUUCUAAUGGAUGAGAAAAGAUCGCAAGUUUAUUACACAUCAAAUGGCAAUGGAGGGCCCACCUAGAAUAACUGGAGAAAGCCAGAACAAUGACGUAUUCGCUAUAUCUUCCGUACACGUGUACAUCUGAGAAUCUGUUGUAACUUCUCGAGUGUUCAAAUGUUACGAACAAGCACCAAAGUUCUGCAAAUCUGCACUUUCUCGUUAUCCAAACACGUCUAAUCUGAUUCGAGAAUAUCAUCCCAUAAAUGACGGCAGGCAGCGGCGGCGGGGGAAUCAAGAAGAGGCAGCGUAUCGGCUGCAACAGUCGCCUCUCCUCCACCGGUGCCGUCAUCGAUUCAUGCUGCCUUGAAGGGACCGUAACGGAGGCCUCCCAUAAGCCGUCGGGCCCCCGCCGCACCUCCUCCUCUGCUACCAUUUCCGGCGGCUUCAAUGACUCUGCUUCCUCUGACGUCGUCCUCCGACUCUUUCUCGAACCCUGCCCCUCCGAUUCGGACUCCGAGUCCAUUUCCACCGUCGAUUCCUUCGUUCAAGACGACCUCCAGAUCUACCUCCACUCUGACGUAAUACGCCGCUCCAAGUACUUCUCCGCCUUACUAUCCGACCGAUGGCAGGGAGACUCCGGCGACGGGGACGAUUCGCCCAAAAUUUAUCGGCUCAAUUUCGGGGUUCCGGCGAGUACUGGAACGAUCGACACGCAUCUGACGGUUCUACAGCUUCUUUACACCAACGAUUUCUCCGGCGUGAUCGAGAGCGCUUCAACGGCUCUGUCGAUUCUCCCGGUGGCGCUGGAGCUAUUAUUUGAAGAUUGUGUGAGGUCUUGCGUUCGAUUUCUGGAGGCUGUGCCGUGGACGGAGGAGGAAGAGAAGAGAGUUUUGAGUUUGAUACCCCUUUUGAGAGAAGAAGAGUCUCGAGAGCUUCUGGAUAGGGUUUCGCCUGCGAAGACGGAUUCGUUGGAGGAAAUGCUGUACGGAUUGAUUGUGGCGGCAAUACAUAACCAUUCUAACAUGGCUUUCGUGAAGGCUUUUGUGGCGAAGCUACUGAGGGAGUUCUCGUCGGGAGAUUCGGCUAGGAGAGUUUUGGAUCGUGCAUUCGAAGCGAGUUUGAAGACUGUGAAGAGGUCGUUGGAAGAGUAUUCGAGUCCGGACUUUAGAGGAGAUCACAAUGAGACGGAGGCGAUUCAGAGGUUGAAUCUGCACACGGCAAUGACGAAUGGAAGGCAUUUGUUGUGGUUGAUUGAGAGGAUGAUUGAGUUGAAAGUGGCGGACAAGGCUGUGCGCGAGUGGAGUGAGCAGUCGACAUUCACGGCUGAUUUGCAGAGGGCUUUUCGGGAUGACGCCUGGAGGAAUAUUGUUCCAGGGCUUCCAGUUGUUGUGCUCAGAUGCACCUGCAAGCUUGCCAAUGCAGUUGCUUCUGGAUCCAUCUUGGCUGCUAGACCGGUGAGGAUGAAGCUAGUUAAAGAGUGGCUUCCAGUGCUGAUUGUAUGCAAAGACAACGUCUCAGUGCUUCACACUCAUAAAUCCCUGUACACAGAGCUGGAAGAGAUAUUUCUGAGAAUCAUCUCCACCUUUCCAUUGUCAGAUGCACAGGAGUUGUUGCAACAAUGCCUCAGCUUUGCAACCCGAAACGUUGAUGACUGCCCUCACUUGGUUACUGCCUUCAACACCUGGUUCUGUCGUGCAGCUCGACCCCCACAAGCUGACAGCCUUUGUUAGAAUAUGGCAGUUGUUUGUGCAUGGGCGAUGCUUCGUCCAUUAGUCACAGCCUUUGCAAAUAUUGUGCAUACAAAAUUAGCGUUAUGAGUGUUACUUAACUGUGCAUGUGUACAUAGAUCUGAAUAUUCCCUACUUUGCAAUAGAAAACGAACUGGUUUAAGCA